AUGCGGUUCAUGCAGAUUGCCCAGACAGGUCCCUUGUUGGGCCACUUCCAGGUGGCUAAAGGCACCGUUCAGGCCCCCACUGCGCAGCUGUACUUUAGUGCCAUGAACACCGUUGAUGACUUGUUGGUGUUCGCCAAGCCUUGUGCCGGGGAAAAUGUUUUGCUUGCCGUGUUCCACAAAGUGUGGGAGCACCUGCAAGGGUCGCUCACCCCGUCCUCCUUCUUGGUGUUGGCUUUUAGCAUGGAGGACACCUGGCGUUCGUAUGAGCGGUUGCCGUUUGCUGCCCUGUUCGUCGGACUCCUGCUGGUGACGCGGCUCCUGCCACAUGGCAGCGAUGACGGCGUACGAAGAGUCCUGGAGGCGCUCGGGACUCAGUUCCUCCACAGGUUGCUGCUACCGCUGCGCCGGCCAUCGCAGGAGCCGCUGUCUGUCGAGGCUGCAGAGCAUCAAUCCACCAGCUGCAGUCUGGCGCUGGCAAUCCUGGCAGCGGCUUGCCGGCUGAACGACUUCGCAGCCGGGCCCGAUGUACGAGAGCUACUGCCGGUGCUGCUAAAGGUUGUGCAGUACGGCGGUGUGUCUCGCGCUCUGCAAGCGGGCACCGCAGCCGCCGCGGCGUCGGCAGGUGCUGCCGCUGCCGACGCCGCUGCCGUUUCCGACGCCCUAGAAUGCCUGGUAGGCGCCGCCGCCGCUGCGCCUGAGCUGACCCUGAGCUGCCUGGAGCGCCUUCCCGUCAUGGACGCCCUGGCCGCGUGGCUGACGGCAGCGGCGGCCGUGCUGACGGCGGCAGGUGGCGGCAGCGCCGCGGGGGCGGCGUCCCCCGCAGCAGAAGCGCAGGCGCACAACAGCGUACUGCUUGCGGCGGUGCUUCUCGAAUGUAUGUUGACCGGUGCCGCUGAAGGCAGGGCGACGGCCGUGCUGGCGGAGCACCCGACGGCAGCUGCGCAGGUCAUGGCCGCGCUGUCGGCGCUGGUGGGCAACCCACGGCUGCUACUGCCGGCGACCCAUGGGGCGCCGCCGCCGGCGUCACCGCCGCCGCAGCAGCAGCACAGGCCACAGGCACCAGGCGCUGCCGCAAGCAGUCAAGCGGCAAGCGACUCCCGGAAAGGUUCCGGCAGUCUCGGCAGCAGCCGCAGCGGUGGCAGUGGCGGAGGUGUCGCGCAGCUACAGCUCGAGGCGCUGCACCUGCUACUGCUGAUGCUGCAGUCGUGCCAGGAGUCGGCGGCGGCCGCCACCGCACAUGAGCUUUUGCGGCUGGAUGAGCAUGUAGCAUGGUCAGCUGCCGUACGGCGCGGCUUGGGCUGGCUGCUACGCAGUCGAGCGCCGGGGGCUCUGAAGCACUCGGCGCUACAGCUGGGAGCUCUUGUCGUACAAUUGGUUGGAGAGGGAUGGCUGCUGGGGCCGCGACCUUUCGUAUCGGGUGUCGCGGUGCAGGAGCUCGAAGAGCCGCCGGGGUCCUUCCUGCUGCUGCUGUUGGAGACACUCAAGCGGCUACUGGAGGAGCUGGCGGCAAGGGCGGCGCAGCGCAAGGCGGCGGAAGAGGCCGCCGUGCAAGCGGCCGCCGGCGCUGCUACCGGUGCAGCGGCGCUGCCGGCGGCGGCGGCGGCGGCAGCGGCGCCUGCUGCAGACGUAGACAUGAGCGAUGGCAGCUUGUCUAAGGAGGUCCGUGGCGGCGGCGCUAGUGCGGCAGGACCGGCAGUGCCGCCGCCGGCGACCAUACCAGCGGGUCGGCGCGCGUUGCUGCUGUUGCCGGCGUGUUUCCGGCUGCUGGAAGGCAGUGUGGAGGCGGUGGCGGCCGAUGCGGGCGAUUGUAUGGAGGUUGAGGUUUCGGAGCCGGUUGCAGCGGCGCCGCAUUCAGCAGGAACCCGCGGAAUGGUGCCGCAGCCGCCGCCCAGGCCGCGUCCGCCGGUGCCUGCACAACCCGUACUGCCAGACGCAGUCGUACAGAAGCUGAUGGGCGCCUUCGACGGCAUCGCCGACACGCUCCUGCAGUUCUUCGAGGCAGACAACGAAGUGCGGCAGCAGCAGCAGCAACAGCAGGGCGCUCCUAGUCCUAGCGGGGAGGUGUUGCUAGGUGCCGCCCGAGUGUUGGGUCGCUACCUGGCGGAGGCUCCUGGUGCGGUCCGCAAUCCGCGGGUGCUGAGGGGGCUGCCACUCGUGGUGGCGGUAAGGUGCAGGGCAGGGGCCGCGGAGGCGGCUCCGCGGGCGGUACCUGUGGACAAGGGUGUCUGUACGCAGGGCCAACAACAACAACAACAACAACAACAACAACGACAGGAGGAGGAGGACGGGGAGGAAGGGGAAGAUCUUGACGGUUUUUCGUUGCCGUUUCUGUUGCCGGGGCUUUUACAGGCCACGGGGCCCGACGCCAGCGAGCGCUCCGAAGUCGCGAGAGCGCUCCGUACAUCACCGGAGGCUCUGAGUGCGUGCGUCAGCUACCUGGCGCAUUGCGUACGGAGCGCAGUGGCGGCGGCGCCAAAUGCGGAGCGCCUGCUUGCGGCGGCGGGAGCGGCGGUGGACGGUGCCGCGGGCACCCGCGGCGCCGCCGCGCUGUCGGUGCUGGCGCAAUCGGAGCAGGGUAUGGCUGACGUCAGCAUGCUUCUGCUCAAUCUGCUGGAACCUUCGGUCCUCGGCGCCGUUGCGGCGAGACUUGGGGAUGAGGGGGAUGAGGGCAGUUCUGCGGGGGCGGCGCCACCGCCGUCUGCCUGGUACGGCAUUAGCGGGGCUGGCUCCGCCGAUGCCGCCGAUGCCGCGUCACGGCACCUACCGCCGCUGCUUGCGCAGCUACUACCUGUUUGCUGGCUGGUCCAGCACUGGGCGGCGUCUCGUAUGGGCGCUCUAGGGGCCCUCGCCUCCCUGGACCCGCUCCGCCUCCCCAUCGGCCGGGGAGCACCCACCGCUGCCGACCUGCUGUUCCGAUUCCAACUGGCCACUCGGACACUGCUCUGCACCACCUGCCUGGCCGCUGUGGUUCUCACCACCGUCAUGUCAUGGCUAGCGGCGGGUGCUCAGCAGCGCGUGUUGCCGGGGACAGUUGCGCACCACCACGACCACCAUCAUCAUCACCAUGGCCACCAGCAGCAGGAAGAGGAUGGAAAAGGGUCAGCAGCUGAGUUGCUGUCCGUCCUACUGCCGUCGGCAGUUGUGGAGGCCGUCGGUACGGCGACGCUGGCGGCGGCCGCGGCCGGCACGUCCCUGCAGAUGGCACAGCUGCACGAUCUGGCAAAGGAGGCGCCGCCGCCGCCGCCGCCGCCGCCAGCAGCACUCCGGGACCCUCGGCUGCCGCUGACGGCGGCCGGCCUCGCGGAGGACUUUCUGGGGGAUGGUGAGGUGUGUUGGGAGCGACUUUUGGGCGCGGCGGCGCAGAUGGUGGAGAUGAGUACGGCGGUACAGCAGCUGGUGGCGGCGGGGCUGACGGCGGCGGAGGGUGAGGGGAGUGCCGUAUGGCUGCAGCGUCUUGUGGCGGCACGUGCACGAGGGGAAGGGGCGGCUGAGGAGUUGUUGAUGUCGGAGGUGAACUUGGCUCUAUUCCUGCAGGUGGUAGUGCAGGGGCUGAGAAUGGGGGGCAACGUUGCGAUGGGUUGACAGUGGAAACGGUCUUAACUGAUGGUUUGUCCGGACGCCGCGGCAGCAGUAGCGCGAGGCCGGGAGUCAGGGGCCAGGAUGGGUUUAUGUGUGAGCACAACCGCCACCUGGCAAAUCUUCCAUGGCCAUGGGAGGAGUGUGGAGAGGCUUAUGCUGGUUUGAAGCGCUGGCCAAUUAGGUGCUUGUGGCCAUGGGCGCCGUGAAUGCGGCAACAGCACUGUUUUUGAGUGCAUGUGCGUUGGUUUGGAUGUGCGGGUCAGUCACCAGCUCACCACCGGGCGAUGUCGAGCCCGGGGUGAAGGGAGUGCCAGGCACGUAACACGCCGGUAAUUGGGUUGAAAAGGGGGGAAGGGGUUUCGUUGGUGAUUGCCGGUUGUUGUAAAACUGCGAUCGUGUGUGGGGAGGUGGUUGGGUCGGGUCGUGCAGGCUUUCGGCGAUUGGGGCUUCACAUGCUACGGGGCUUUGACAUUUUCGACAUUGGCGCAAUAUAGUGGCGGGCACCUGGCACUCGAU